AUGUAUCCCAUUUUAGAAGCCAAUCGUUUAGCUGAAAUGAACACUUGGUAUGCUGUUCAUUGCAAUGGUCAAUUACCAACGGCUCGUUUAGGCCAUUCUUGUACUUCACUCCACUGCCAUCCAUCGCAGAGCCCAACAGUUGCCAAGGUAAUACUAUUGGCUGGAGCGACAACGGAGAAACCUCUAGAUGAUGCUUUCAUCUUUGAUACAGAUUGCUUUACUUUUAAGCAGUUGUGUAACCAAAGCAAUUUUACUCCGCGUUAUGAGCAUUUUUGUUGCUCUCAUGGCAAUGAAUUACUCGUCUUUGGUGGUGCUAGUGCUAGCGAUAACUAUAACGAUACGUGGCUUUACAACCCAGAACUUGGUACUUGGAAGCGUAUUGCGGCUAGCGGUCAAUUGCCCGCACCUCGAACGGCUCGAUAUUGCGGUGGAAUUGCCAACAAUAUUGUAUAUAUAUUUGGCGGUGGCAUGAAUGGCGCUGUUCCUGUAGCUGAUCAAAAGCUGCAUUUUUUACACUUAGAUGAAGCAAAUAGUUCAUGGAAUGUACGUCAAGUAAAUGGUAAUGCCCCAUUGUCGCGCCAAGGUCAUACAGUCGCGGUAGUGGGUAAUCAAAUAUUAAUUUAUGGAGGGAUGACUAAUGAUGGCUUUCUAGAUGAUAUGCACAUGUUUGACAUCGAAACCAACACCUGGAGUCAAAUACAACCUUCAGGUGAUAUUCCUCCAGAGCGGGCUGCACACGCAGUAGCUGUAUAUGAAAAUGAUAUGUAUAUAUUUGGUGGAAUGAAUUCAUCUGGAGCGCUGAAUGAUUUUUACGUAUUUCAAACUAAUCGACGAAAGUGGCGUAAAAUUUCAGUGGAAGGCCAACAACCGUCUCCCAGACUAGACCAUUCCAUGUGCAUUGCACGUUUGAAAAAACCAGACUCUACUACUGAAGUUGAUAGCGUAGCAGGAGACGAACAAAUCUUAUUGUUUAUGUUUGGUGGUGUAAAUACUAUUGGAGAAAUGCACGAUGACUUUAAGGCCUAUAGAAUUCAUUAA